UAAGCGUCAGCUUUCAAAAGUCAUUUGAUUUGAAUUUGAAAACAAGUUAAAAUUAAGUUUAAUUAUAUAAAACUUUCUGAUAGUUAUAAUGAAAAAUAUAUCUUUUAAAGAUGAAUAAAUAUUAACAAUCCAGUUGACGAAAUUAUACAAUACCUCGAAUAAUACGAAGUGUACGAGACUAUAGUGUACUCUUAACUUGGUAGGUAUACACGACGUAAAUAAUAUACAAACAUCAUGCCGGUAUUAGAUUCCUGUUGGUCACCAUGUAUUUGGUCUUCAAACGUAAAAAGUGGGAGCAGAGCUGUAGCCGUGUAUACCGCUGCUAUGGGUAUAAUAUUAAUAACGUUUAUAGCCUAUCAAAUGGAUGGAGGAGAUUCUACACAACUCUGGAAUCCACUAUUUGAGGCUGAUGUGAGAGGAUCUCUGCAAGUGUUUGGAAUAAUAUUUAUUGUGAUUCUUGCGAUACUGAUUGUGUCUUCAAUCUUGAUGGUUAUCGGCAUGAACAUAUGGAUGCGAGGAUUAAUGUUGCCCUGGAUGAUCACAAUGGGGCUCAUCAUCUUGUUUCAAAUUGUAUUCAGCCUCUGGCUUAUUGGUGGUUAUUAUAUUUAUUUGGACGCCACAUUUGCUGCACUGCUAAACUUCCUCUGGGUGUCAUAUAACAUCUAUUGUUGGUUGUGUGUGCUGUCGCAAUACCAAAUUAUAUUGGAAAUGCAGUCGCCGAAUAUAGAAAUAUUAGUGGAAUACUAACCUAGUUUUAAGAUUUACCCCAUUCCUAUAUUAAAGAAUUUUUUUCGUAAUUUUGAUAUUGUAUAAUUGUAUAUUAUAAAAAGUAUGACGAAAUCAUUAAAAAAAAAUAAUAUCUUGGAUUUUUAAUAUAGGGAUGGGGUAUUGUUUCAGUGUUAUACAAAUUUAUGAAUCAACUUUCAUAGAAUUUACAAUACCAGUUUAAUUAAGCAGGUCUUAGAAUAUAAUGGAGGGUAUUUUCUCAAAUUAUAUACAUAAAGAAAUGAUGAUGUACAAAUUAAAUUUGAGUCCUUGUAAGAUCUACAAGAAAACUGAAAGGAAACUUCUUAUGUAUUAGUGAAAAAUGCUUGAAAUUCAUCAAAAUUCCUUGCAGAUUUUCUAUUACAUGCAAAUUUUUGUCCUGAUUUACUAAUGUGUAAGCACAAAGUUAAUUAAAGCAUAAAACUGUGUAUUAAUAAACUGAUUUACCAUUAUUUUACAUAUAAAUAUGUAUAUUCGUAUUAAGUAGAUAAGUUAUGCAAUAAUUUAAGUGCCUUUAAUGCUAAAAAUUGCCGAUCA